GAUAAAGACUGACUUAAUUUAGACCAAAAAAAUUAGACACCUUACCCCCAGGCUAACUUAGGUCUAAGACUCUGUUACCUUGGCAACCAGCAGAAACAAACAGCCAAGAGAAAAGGGGAAAAUGGCUCAUAAUUUGUGGUUUGCUGACAACGUUAUGGAGAGAGCUAUGAGAAGGGAAAGGGUUUUUAGGGACCGCAGUAACCUACUGGAAAUGUAUAAUAAUGAGGACUUCAUCAGUCGGUUUCGUUUGCCCAAAGAAGUUAUACUGAGUCUGACAGAUGAAUUAGCUGAAGUACUGAGCCCUGCCACUUCAAGGAGCCACAGUAUCCCAUGUAGAUUUUAUGCUACAGGAAGUUUUCUGAAUACUGUUGGUGACACAGUGGGUCUCAGCAAAGCUUCUGUGUCACGGGUGGUAUACAGGGUAUCAAGGGCACUUUCAAAUAAGCUCCCUCAGUUCCCAAACCAAAUGGCUGAGCUGAACAAACUCAAAAGAGGGUUCUUCAGCAUAGCAAGAUUUCCCAAUGUUGUUGGAGCAAUUGAUGGGACACAUGUCAGAAUCCAGGCUCCACCUGCUCAUGAACAUUUGUUUGUCAAUAGAAAAGGAUAUCACAGCCUAAACAUUCAGGCUGUUUGUGAUUCUGAUCUCCGGUUCCUCAACUGUGUGGCCCGCUGGCCUGGAUCCCUUCAUGACUCUCGAAUUCUGCAAAAUUCUCAACUCUGUCUAGCAUUUGAGCAAGGCAUUAUCGAUGGGGUCCUGUUGGGGGACUCGGGCUACCCUCUAAAACCUUGGCUCCUUACUCCCUUCCUGAAUCCUACUACACUUGCACAGAGAAACUACAACACAGCACACUGUUCAACUCGUAACACUGUAGAGCGGGCAUUUGGUGUACUGAAGAGGCGUUUUCAUUGCCUACAUGGGGAAUUGCGAAUGGCACCUGACAGAGUGUGUAACAUCAUCUGUGCAACUGUAGUGCUGCAUAACAUAGCGAGGGAUCUCCGGCUACCUGAGCCUGAAGGUGAGGAUAUCAGAGAUGACAAUCUCAAUGAACUGGAGGAUAGAGAAGAUUUAGAGGAGCAGAAUGGAACUGGUCGAUAUGUGCGUCAGAUGUACGUUGACAGGAUUUUCAAUGUCUGAAACAUUGAAAAAAUCAUGUUGCCUGUCUUUACCUAUUAGGCUUAAAUGAGUAGCAAACAACUUAAUAAAUAUAAAAAUUUAUUUUUUAAGGUUUCUCAAGUGACAUACUGUUCAUUCAAUAAAUUAUUCUAUAAAUUACA